GCAAUCCGAAGGGAGGAGUCAAGCGAGGGAAGGAGCAGCUGGAGUCCCACACUUCGCCCUCUCUCUUCUCCUCGAAAAAGCGCACUAAAUGUAAUAACAACUCUCCAUGCGCUUCUCUGACGCUUAUGUUGUUUUUACGCACAUCUGCGGUCUGCUAUCGGCAGAUAUUAUCGGCAGGCUGAUGGUGUUAGUCCGGCGGUGGUUAAACACAGCAAACUGUGAGAAGGAGGAGAAAGACAAGCAAGAGGAAAAACUCUGGCAGCGCCGUUUUGGAGUUGGAGUUGCAGCGUAAAAAAAAAGUCCCAGGCAACUCCAGAGGCACAUCUGCAACUUAGGAAGAGAAGAAGACGAAGACAGAAGCCAAAUCAUUUUUUUUCUUCGAAGAUAAAAGUCAAGAAUUAAAGGGGAAAUCACCCAGAAAGAAUUAUCCCGUCUCCAUGAGGUGUUGAGGAAUGAGCAAUCGCCAUGGAAACCCAGUCCCAGGCCAGUUCAGCAGCUGAGAAGAAGAAGAGGGUGGAGACCAUUGUGGCGACCAAGGGCUCAUCAGCGCGCAAUGACAUCAGCGAGAAGGCGGUGGCCUCCAGCACCACCUCAAACGAGGACGAGACUUCAGGCACGCCUUACCACCGUGAGAGGCGCAAUGCCAUCAGCUCCCAGGCCCCAACGCCCCGUGUCCCUGACAGGAACAUAAGCGAGGAGCCCUCCACCUCCACAGAAGAACGCCCCUCUCUGCUCAAAAAGGAGCUGCAUGGUUCCCUGCCCCACCUGGCUGACCAUGCCCUACCGUACAGAGGCACUCUGUUCGCUAUGGACCCUCGCAAUGGCUACCUAGACUCACACUAUGCUACGCCACAGUUCUUCCCUACCUUCCAUCCUCCCGUGCCAAUCGACGACAGACAUGCCCAGGGACGUUACAUCUACGAGCCUUCCCCUGUGCCCCCUCUUCAUGUGCCUCCUGCACUAGCGGGCAGUCCAGCGUUCUCUGACAUCUCCCUCAUCCGGAUCUCGCCCCAGCGGAACCCCUCUGUGGGGGCGGAGUCGCCCUUUCACCCUCCGCACCCCUACAUCAACCCAUACAUGGACUACAUCCGCUCACUCCACAGCAGCCCCUCCAUCUCUGUUCUGUCAGCCACCCGGGGCCUCAGCCCUGCAGAUGCCCCUCACACAGGUCUGACCACAGCCGAGUACUACCACCAGAUGGCUCUGCUGGCGGGCCACCGUAGCCCGUACACGACCGACCUGCUCCCCUCUGUGGCGUCCACAGCUGGCGCCAGUAGCGCCAGCGCCCUGCACAUGGAAUACCUGCAGGCAAUGGAGAGCUCUCGUUUCUCGAGCCCGCGGCUGCCAUCACGGCCCAGCAGGAAGCGCCCCCUUCCUAUCUCGCCCCUCUCUGAGCACAGCUUUGACCUGCAGACCAUGAUCCGCAACUCGCCCAACUCUCUCGUCACCAUGCUCAACAACUCUCGCUCCAGCUCCUCCACCAGCGGCUCCUACGGUCACCUCUCUGCUGGAGCCAUCAGCCCAGCGUUAAGCUUCGCCUACCCUCCAACCCCGGUGGCUUUGCACGUGCACCAGCAGCUGAUUGGCCGCCAACCAGGCAUAGUGGGCUCUGCAUUUGGCCACAGUCCGCCCCUCAUUCACCCAUCGCCGGCCUUCGCCACCCAGAGGCCUGUACCUGGUAUCCCCCCCUCAGGGCUCAGCGCCAGUGAGCGCUCAGCCAUCUCCAACGACUCCUCACAGACCAAACCAACAAGUGAAUCUGCGGUGAGCAGCACAGGAGACCCAAUGCACCACAAACGCUCCAAAAUGAAACCAGAGGAAGAGCUGCCAAGCCCAGGCGCAGUGAGCAUACAGGACCAUCCUGAUGGGAUGACCCUGGUGAAGGAGGAAGGAGACAAGGAUGAGAGCAAACAGGAGCCAGAGGUGGUUUAUGAGACAAACUGCCACUGGGAGAACUGUUGCCGUGAGUUUGACACGCAGGAGCAAUUAGUACAACACAUCAACAAUGACCACAUCCAUGGGGAGAAGAAGGAGUUUGUGUGUCGGUGGGAGGAAUGCUCUCGAGAGCAGAAGCCCUUCAAGGCACAAUACAUGCUGGUGGUCCACAUGCGCAGGCAUACUGGGGAAAAACCCCACAAGUGCACAUUUGAGGGCUGUGCCAAGGCCUACUCCCGUCUGGAAAACCUUAAGACUCAUUUACGAUCCCACACUGGAGAGAAACCUUAUGUGUGUGAGCAUGAAGGCUGCAACAAGGCCUUUUCCAAUGCCUCAGAUCGGGCAAAACAUCAGAAUCGAACACACUCAAACGAGAAACCGUAUGUGUGUAAAAUCCCAGGCUGCACGAAACGCUACACAGACCCUAGCUCAUUACGCAAGCAUGUGAAGACGGUGCACGGGCCGGAGGCGCACGUCACCAAGAAACAGCGUGGAGAUUACCCACGUCCUCCGCCCCAGCCCCGGGAGCCUGCGGGCAACAACCAGGGCCGGUCACCAGGGCAACUGCCCCUGGGUGGGUAUACGGACCAAAGGGAGUACAACCAUGCUACCUCAAAACAGGAUGAAUGUCUGCAGGUCAAGUCCAUCAAGACAGAGAAGCCCAUGACGUCUCAGCCAAGCCCUGGCAGUCAGUCUACAUGCAGCAGUGACCAGUCCCCCGUCAGCACCUAUCCCAGCAGUGGAGUCCAGCUUGCUGUGAGCGCCGGACACUUGCCAGGAGAGGGGCUGGAGGAGGAUGAGGAGAAAGAGGAAAACGAAGAGGAGGCAUAUGAGGAGUGUGAGGGUGAGACAGCCCCCAUCAUGGACUCCACAGUCUCCACAGCAACCACGGCUAUGCUGACCCUACAGGCGAGGCGAAGUGUUGGCCGCCCCCUGCGAUGGAUGGAGCACAUCAAGAUGGAGAGGCUGAAGCAGGUGAAUGGAGCGCUGCCCAGGCUGGGGCCCCUGUCCCCUACACCGCCCCCAAAAGGUUCCACACUACCCAACAUCCUGGGGAAGGGAUCCUGUCUGGGCAGGCAGUGGGGGGUGUCUGCUCCUCAGCCACCUCCUCAUGCUGAGCUAGGCAGCACAGAGCUAACAGUGCUUAAUUUGCUCCGAGACCGGCGUGACAGCAGUGGUAGUGCCACCAGUUCAGCAUACCUGAGCAGCAGUCGGCGCUCCUCAGGCAUCUCCCCCUGCUUCUCCAGUCGACGCUCCAGCCAGGCUUCCCAGAGUGAGGGUACAAUGGCAGCCGCCCACCACCGCCGCCUCCACAACCUCAGCUCCACCGACUCUUACGACCCCAUCUCCACUGAUGCCUCCCGCCGGUCCAGUGAGGCAAGCCAGUAUGGAGGUGGGGCAGGAGGAGGGGGUGGAGGGAUACUCUCAGGUGGGGGCUGUGGAGGUGUAGGAGGAGUAGGUAUAGGAGGAGGAGGGGGGUCACGGGGAAUGCUCAAUUUAACCCCAGCACAGCACUACCACCUGAAAGCCAAGUAUGCUGCAGCAACUGGCGGCCCACCUCCCACGCCUCUACCCAACAUGGAGCGCAUGAGCUUGAAGACUCGCAUGGCCAUGAUGGAUGAGGGUGGUAGCAACCACUCUUUGCCACCUCUAGUCAGGCCACAUCGCUGCAGUGAUGGCACCAAUGGGUACACCAAUGGGUAUGUGGGACAUGCAGGUUAUAGGAGGAGGGUUCUCUAUCCUGGCGAGGGACCACUGAAUGGGAACCGGAGGGCCAGUGACCCAGUGCGGACGCAGGCUCCUGAUAUUUGCAGUCUGCCCCCAGUGCAACGCUUCAACAGCCUUAACAACCUCCACCCUCUUCCACCUCUGUCUCAUCAUUCUACACCUGAAACUCGCAACUUUAGCCUACAGAACUACACGCGCUCAGAAGGCAACCUGCAGAGAGGCCUGCAGCAUUCACCAUACACUCCUAGCAUCGCAGAACACGCAGCCUUAGAAGCCCUGGCCAUGGAGGGCAACGGGGAGGCUGGCCUGUUGCUUGCGGAUGAAGAUAUGCUACCAGAUGACCUGGUGCAGUAUCUCCACUCCCAGGUUCAGGUGGAUGGUGGCUCCUACAUGCACAUUGAGGACCAAAUAGCUUCUAGUCAAAGGGAUACCUCCCAUCCAUCUUUGGAGGAGAUAGAACAGAUCCAGACUUCAGGGUUGAAUAUGGCCUUCCCUGGCUCCCACAGUCUCCAGCAGCAGCAGCAGCAGAUAGCAGAGCGGAAGAGCCCUAGUAAGCUUCCCAUCCAGUGGAAUGAAGUGAGCUCCGGGAGUAUUGAUAGGUCUCCUCAGAAGGAACAAAACCACCAGACACAGUGUGGAAGGUGGUCAGGCACAGAACAUGGACCUGUAUCUGCCCUUUUUGGCAGGUUUGGAAACAUGGUGGUUCAGCAGCAAGUGUCCAUUGAUUUCCAGAACAGUUGUGCCCAGGCUAAUCAGUCUCAAAGUAAUUGCUGUGUCAACCCUGGGGUGAAGCUAGAGACAUCGCCUAACUCCUGCAUGGAGAUGAGAGGUACUGGUCACAACUCUACAAACACCUUUGGAAGGCCUAACUUCUCACAGAUCAUCGAUGGGCCUCUUCUGCAGGGCUUCAAACAGCAGGCCUCCAAUGGACCUCAAAAACAGAGCCACUUCCAGCUGAACCACAACAGCAGCACCUCUUGCCAGGUUGGGAACAACCUAGUCCUUAGCAGGGCCUCUAUGGACAACCUACUCAGCCUCUCCCAGGGAACUGCUCUUCAUCACAAUCGGCAGAUCCAUGCCACUCGCCCACCGAUCAAUAGUUACAGGAACUUGGUCAGGACCCAGCAGUACCUCAACCCUGAGAACUCCGGUGAAAUCCAGGCUAGUCUCAACCAGCAGCAACAACUGCAGAGAAGUGGGGACCACUGUUCCCUUGCGCAUCAGGUAUCUGGGCUGAAACUGGAGGCCCCAGACCAUGGAUACUUAGAGCAGGGCUUUGGUGACUGCCUCUCUUACGAACCAGUGGAUCGCAAGGCCUCCUCGUUCCCUGUCAGUGACCAGUGCUUGCUGGACUCCAUGGCUGAGUCUGUGGGACAAGGUGGUGGCAGUGGGAACUCAGUUGCCCUUCUCUCCCCUGGUGCAGACCAGGUGACUAGCACAGUGGAUGGCAAUGUGCCUGGUGUAUUAGAUGAGGGGGUAAGUCUGGACUUUGGUGUCAUGCUGGAGGAUGGCUUUGACCAGGGUAGCCUGGUCUCUGGGGUGUUGAGUCCCUCCAUCUUCCAGGGUCUGUCCAGGACUUCAUCACGCCUGAACACCCCUCGAGCAUCCGCAACCUUCCACAGUGUGGCCCCUGGCCUAAACAACAUGGCAAUUGGAGACAUGAGCUCUCUCCUCACCACACUUGCUGAGGAGAGCAAGUUCCUGGCUAUCAUGCAGUAGCUGCUCCCUCUCUCUCUCUCUCUCUCUCUCAGCUUUCUCCUCCCUAAGGAAAAAUUGAAAAAAGGAAGAGAACAACUCUGGUGUAUGUGAAGAUUAAGACCAAAGUGGCAAUUAUGAGAACUUUAUUAUGUACUUAAAAGUGUUGUGGAACAGGCAAUUGCCAAACCCAUUUAUUUUGUAAACAUGUCAUCCCACACAGAACUGGGAUGUGUCAAAAUUAUGUAUAGAUAAAUAGUUAUAUUCCUUUUCUGGAAUGUAGGCUAUUUUUGGAAGCUCUUCUCUUUGUAUUACUAUGUGAUGGUGAGCAAAAGCUCACUUCUUUAAAACAGUAUUCUGUGUAUUGUCACUGUUUUUGCUGUACACACUGAUGGUAAAAAUGCAUGUAUUCAAGGUUAAUCAUGAACACUGUCUAUAUACGUACAUAGACUAGCUCAUGUGCCAAGUAUCUACCAUUCUGAUCCCACAGGUACAAAACCGCUAAAUCCAUUCUUGUUACAGCAGGUCAGACAUGGGUCAUUAAUUUAACAGGCCCUGAUGAUAACUUUAUAUAUCAUAGGUUUUAAUAAGUGGUGUAUCUACAUUUGUUGUCAUUUUGUUUGUAUGUUACUUUUGUGAAUCUGUAAAUGUUUCAGUGCUUCUACCAAGUGGUGUUUUUGUCAAGAAUAACUGGUAACUGGUAUCAAUUCCAAAAAAUGGACAGAUCUGAGUCUUCAAGGCACCGUAGAUAGUUGUCUACUUGAUAUCUAAAUGGCUCGAUUUAGUUAGUCUGGUAAGGUACUCACAGUGUAUAUAACAGUGUUUUUAUAUUCUGUUUGUGAUAAACUGAUUAUUGACAUUGGAUCGCACGGUUUCUCAGAGCUGAUAUGAAAAUUGACAUUUUCUCCUUGAUGAUCAAAGGUCCCAUUUGGUGCUUUAUGUAUGCUUACAUGAAUAGAUAUGAGUACUUCAUGUUUUUAAUCUGUCUUAAUGACCCACAGUGGUCCACAGCACAUGAAUUUUCCUCUCAUGAUGAUAAAUGCUGUAAAGUGAUGUGUUUUGUUUCAUAGGAAAUCAUCUGUAUUGUUUUCUCCAAAGCUCUUAAUUCAGAAUGUGUACUGCCAUCAAGUAUUGCAGUGACUUUGUCAACAGUGUUAGUAUUGCCUUGCAGUCUUAUGUGACUGAACACAGAAUAUUGAGUAGUUUACCUUUUAUUCAGCGUCAAAGCAAUGAGGUACAAAUUGUUUUAUUGUUCUUUGGUACUUUUGUCAUUUUUGUAGCUGUGCAUUGAUGGUGUUUUUCUUUUUUCUCUCCAAAAAAGUAGAAAUAAUUUCCUUUGAAAGAAGGAAAUUACAUUGAGGUAUGUGCCUUAUAAGUAUCUGCCUGUCAGUAAAGAGAAAGAUCACUGCCAAUCUUCCAUUGUGAAUUAUGAAAAAAUUAAAGAUAAACAUUUAAGGUGUCUUGUGAAACCUGAAAAAAGAUAAAAUGAUAGAACAUUUAUAUAAGAAAAAGUCUGAAUAUCAGAAAAGUUAAGAUUUGCAAAAUGCAUUCUACUUUUUGAUUUUGUUUUUUUUUAAGUUUUCACAUUUAUUGUGCUCUUUUAUAUAUAAUGUGUAAAUACAAUACUCUUUCUGUAGGUUUAGCAGAGGAAAUGGGGAGUAUCCUGGGGGCCAAUAAAGAACUGACUUAGAAAGCAGGGAUUUCCGUGGCCCUGGGUAGAGGCCAGACAGAUCUGGCUCUGAGCGGAGCUUCAAGGGCCCAGCACUGCCCCUCCGCCAGAAGAGCCACUUUGCUCUUUUAUAACUGACUACAAAUGUUUGUAUGGUUUUAAUAAAAAUGGAAAUUAUA